AUGGCAUAUAAGAAUUUGAUGUUAUAUACUACAAACCCGGCUUUAUUGUGUAAGUUCUUCCCUACUACUCUUAGUGGCACUACUUUGAUCUGGUACACAUCGCUUCCAAUUGGAAGCAUUCACACCUUUGCCCAACUGGAGGCUAUGUUUGGGAAACUGUCUCCACCUACCUUAAGAAGUUCCAAGAGGCCAUUUUGGAAGUGGCAGACUUGGAUGAGUCAAGUGAAAACGUAUGCGGAUGUGAUGAGACAAUGCCAAAGCUUUGUAACCGCCUCUAAUAUAUGUCAGGCACAUGAUUCCAAGAAGCAGAAGCAUGACAAGCAGGAUCAGGGGCAGUAUCAUUCAUCAAAAGCCUAUAGAGACCAUGAAUAUUCAUCAAGAGAAAGGGGUUAUCCUACUCGUCAUCAAGGUCCUUCUUCUAAGAUGGGAUAUGAACUCCUAAUACCAUCUCCCUCUACAAUUCCUUCUGAUCGUCGCAAUUACAACUUGUGGUGUGAUUAUCACAAGGGACGUGGACACACCUUGUCACAAUGCAGAGAACUUAAACGCAUUCUGCACCAACUUGCCGAGGAAGGGAAACUGGAAAGGUUCUUAAAUCGGAAGGAGUAUGGCUCUCGCAGUGACAAUGAGAGAAAGUGUAACACCCCUAAAUUUCCAACCCCUUAA